CAGGCCUUGACCUCCACAGAAGCCACACUUGCAUUUGACCCCAAGGACUACAUCAAGUCAAUUCACACCCAUAGAGUGAAAGUGAUUGAGACCUUCAGUGAAGCUCCUCCUACAACAAUCCACCAAUAAAUGCUGGAGUCAAACACACAGAGAAAUCACUCCAUGUGUGACAACUGAAAUCUUCAUGACAUAAUGUUGAUGCUGGUGAAAGAGGAGCUUGAGAAGAUGACAGAUCCACAACCAUGCAGAAUAAAGGAAGAAGAUACUGAGGAACAAAUAGAUAUGAUUGGAAUAAACAUGGAUCAUCUACUUGAACUGAAUGAAGUGGAUGAGAAACAUCAGAUUGUAAAAAUAAACCAUAAUGUUUCACAGAAAGAAACUCUGAAGACAGAAGACAUAAAGUGUGAAAAUAGUUUCAGUGAAGAUGAACGCCCUGAAGAUCACAAGAGGACUCACAGUGAAGAGAAACCUUUCACAUGUCAACAGUGUGGAAAGAGUUUCAGAACAAAAGGUAACCUUAAAGCACACACGAGGAUUCACACUGGAGAGAAACGACACGUGUGCCAUCAGUGUGGAAAGAGUAUUACAACUGCAGUUAACCUUAAGAUACACAUGAGGUCUCACACUGGAGAGAAACCUUACGCUUGUCAACAAUGUGGAAAAAGUUUCUCUAUUGAAAGUUACCUUAAAGUACAUGAAAGAAUUCACACUGGAGAGAAACCUUACACUUGUCAACAAUGUGGAAAGAGUUUCUCCAUUGAAAGUAACCUUAAGAUUCAUGCAAGACUUCACACUGGAGAAAAACCUUACAGAUGCCAUGAGUGUGAAAAAUGUUUCAGAUGCAAAAGUAACCUGAUAACACACAUGAAAAUUCACAAAGCAGAGAAACUUUACACGUGUCUUCAGUGUGGAAAGAGUUUCAGUUUGGAGCGUUAUCUUAAGAAACACAUGAUAACUCACAGUGAAAAGAAACCUCACGCAUGUUCUCAGUGUGAAAAGAGUUUCAGAGAUAAACGUGGACUUGAGGCUCACAUGAGAAGACACACUGGAGAGAAACCUUACAUAUGCUCUCAGUGUGAAAAAAGUUAUAUAAGUGAAAAAAAUCUUAAGAUACACAUGAAAGUUCACACUGAAGGAAAACUGUUCACAUGUCAACAUUGUGAAAGGGGUUUUACAAUGAAAGCUCACCUUAAUGCACAUGUGAGAAUUUACACUGGAGAGAAACCAUUCACUUGUCAACACUGUGGAAAGAGUUUUACAGUAAAGGGUGCCCUUAACACACACAUGAGAAUCCACACUCGAUAGAAACCAUUCAUGUGUCAACAGUGUGGAUAUGACAACAAAGCUUAGAAAUCAGCUGAGGUCUUAUUAAUAAAACUGUCUGGAGGAUCCUUACUAAAAGUCUACAUGCACACAAAA